AUGGCAACUGCUCAAGCAAUCGUUAGUACAUCGAAAUAUGACGAUCAUCUCGAUGAUUAUUUUACUCGACCAAGUGAAGAAGAGUUUCAACAACAAAGCUACAUAUAUUCUGAACAGCAAAAGCCCAAAGUUACGACGACAACGAAAAGCAAGCCAAGAAAAAAUAAACGAUCAGAUAAUCCACAUGCACCUAAACGUAUUCGAACAGCUUAUACAAACAAGCAAUUGUUAGAAUUAGAAAAGGAGUUUCACUACUCCAAAUAUCUGUGUCGACCACGACGAGUCGAAAUUGCAUCAACAUUGUUACUCACUGAACGACAAGUCAAGGUCUGGUUUCAAAAUCGUCGGAUGAAAUACAAAAGACAAUUAAUGUUGCAAGAUCCUAAGUUAGCAGAAGAAUUCGAAGCUAAUGAGAUGAAUGAAGAUGAUACAAGUGCUGAUGAAGUCGAUGCUUCAAGUCCGAAAAAUGUGGAACGUUUAACUCGACCAAAGCGUAAAGCUAAAAUCAAGGGAAAUAAAUGCACUUCACAUUCGUGUAGUUCUAUGAAAAGUGAUCAAUGGCUGUUUGAACAACAAGAAGGAGAUUCAGCAAAAAUGCUGGAAAAAGUAAAUCCAAUUGAAAAACUUGAUUCACUAUCUGACCAGCAGAUUCAAGCAUGUUCAACAUCACCGAAAGUCACUAAAAUCGAACAAACUUCUCCCGUUCGUACGGAUGAUUGGACCAACCAACCACAACAAUCAUCAACGAUGAUAACACCUCCACCAACAAUGACCACAGUUUCGAGUUGCGAUACAAUCAAUUGUUCAUGUUGUGAUUAUGAUGGACAAUAUUAUCCAACAUCAUCGUCAGCAUCUGCAUCCUACAAUUCGCAUUACUAUUCGUCUUCUCAGCAACAGCAACCAACACCAUCUCAACAUAUGACAGUAAACGUACCUGUUGUGGCUAAUUUUCAAGUUAAUGUCAAUACAGCACAUCCGGGAUAUCCAUUGACUAACUCAAAUAACAACCAUCAUCAUCACUAUAAUGUGUCUAGAAAACAAAAUAUUUAUUAUCAACAAGCACAACUACCACCACAGCAACAGCAGCAGCAGCCAAUGCCUUCAUCCUACUAUCGAAAUGGAUAUCCAUCAGCAAUGAAAUAUAGUCAGCAGCAGCAAUCACCGCCGAUUUAUCAUCAAUCACAAUCAUAUUCCUCGCCGAAUCAAGCAUUUAUGGAAAAUACCAAUCAUUUUCCAAUGACUUCAUCGUCGUAUCAACAUGAUUUUGUAUAUGGUCAUCGUCAACAUCCUUCGCUAGGAUACAAUUCAUUUACUGCUAAUCAACCUUCGCAUGGACAUAUUUAUCAUCAAUUGUAA